GGACACGGGGGGACUGUUAUUGAUGACGGACCAAAAUGGCGGAUUCAAAAUCAAAACAAUCGUAAGAAACCCGUCAAAAAUAUUUGUUUAAAGUUUAAUUUCUUCCUGUGGUCGUUGUCUUUGGGCGCGUAUAACUAGUACUAUACCACUUUAUUUGCUAUUCGUUUUAUUUAAUUCGAUUUUCGGGGGACAUUUGUUGGACAAAUGAAAAUAAAAAUGUGGGGCGAAAUAUUAGAGCCCCCUAAACCCAAAGAGAAAAAAGAGAAAACGCGUUUAAAUACUUUAGAAACACCGGUAGAACAACCACAAACAGCUAAAGAAUCUGCUACAGAGCCGCCCGCGCCUGUCCCCCGCUCCAGCUGCGCAGACACUGGACACCAUCAGCUGCAGCAGGAGAAUCAGUGUGUCAGAGCCAUGGUGGAGGUUAUAGCCCAAAGUGGAAGCCACGUGAAGAGCCAGCAGAUAGGAGAGGCUGAGCUGACCCUGGAUCAGCGCAGAGAAGAGCUGCUGCAGCAGUACAAGAGCAGACCACUGGUGUUUCUGGAGAAGUAUCAUAACAGCUUGAAGCCCGAGCAUCUGGCAGCUUUUGCCCACGUCAGCUCAGAUCCAAGAACACAACACUACAGUAAAGUCAUAGAGAGGCGAGCGACAGGAUGCACCAACAAAACAAGAGUCAAAAAUCACCGCUAUGCCGCCCUCCGAUCUUUGCAGAAAGAGGGGGGCUAUUUCAGUGAAGAGCAGAUGCGGAGAAGAGAACCACUGCUCUAUGAACAGUACAUUGGCCAGUACCUAACUGAUGAGGAGGUGCUGGAGCGCUCUCAAGAGGUUUGGCAGGAAGGUACGUCAGAAGGAUCAGGGGGACUCGCUCACCUCCUCCUCAACACCUACCAAGAGCGUCUGCUACAGAACAGACUGCAGGAGGAGCAGGAGAGAGAGGAUGGAGCACAGGAGGAGGAGGAGGAGGAAGAGGAAGAAGAUGAUGUCCGAGGUCGGGAAAAGGAGUGGGAGCCCAGUGCAGAGGAGAAGGCUCAGCUUCGAGAGGAGUUCAUCAGCCAAAUGCACCAGCGUUUCCUCGACGGCAAAGACGAAGACUUUGACUACAGUGAAGUGGAUGAAAACCCAGACUAUGACAAUUUGGACAUUGUCAGUAGAGAUGCUGAGGAGAAGUACUUUGAUGAAGAUGAUGAUGAAGAGGAAGAUGAUGAAAACAUGAUAGAAUAAAGCUGGAGAAUUUGAGAAAUGGUUAGUGUUUUGAUUCAGGAUAAAAAAAAAAAUAAAAAAAACAACU